UGCUGGAAGACCCAGACUAAAUCAGGUCACAACGAUACAGUGAUACACAUUUAAUAACACUCACUACGUUGUGCCGCAAGAUUGUUGACAACAGAGGAGGAUAUUUUCUAAGAAAGGUAGAAAUUUCUAACAGCUCACAUGGGGCAAGAAACAGGGUUCAAUUCCCUGGAUGGUGGAGACGAAAGUAAAGAUGGAGAGAAGGUGGGUCUCAAACGAAAGAUCACCAUGUGGAAUGGUGUCGCUAUUAUUAUCGGGUGCAUUAUUGGCUCUGGAAUAUUUGUUUCGCCAAAAGGAGUGCUACAGGAAUCAGGAUCUGUAGGACUAUGUAUCGUCAUUUGGUGUGUCUGUGGCCUCAUCUCAUUGGUCGGGGCGCUAUGUUACGCAGAACUGGGCGUGACCAUCACGCGGUCCGGAGGAGACUACGCUUACAUCAGGGAAGCCUUCGGGCCGUUUCUGGCCUUUCUGCAGUUAUGGGUCAAUUUAAUAAUAAUACGUCCAACAGCGCAGGCCAUCGUAGCCUUGACCUUCGCCUACUACACUCUCCAACCCAUCUUUCCUGACUGUGACCCGCCCCAACUGGCUAUUCGAUUUCUGGCGGCUAUUUGCAUCAGUAUACUGACAUUUGUCAAUGCCAUGAGUGUAAGGGCAGCAACUCGAAUCCAAGACAUCUUCACAGCUGCCAAACUCUUGGCCCUUGUCAUCAUCAUAGUCACUGGCUUUGUGCAGAUUGGAAAAGGUGAAGUGGAACACUUUGAAGGACUAUUUGAGGACUCACACUGGGACAUUGGCAAAAUCUCCCUGGCUCUCUACUCUGGUCUGUUUGCUUAUGCAGGAUGGAAUUUCCUCAAUUUUGUAACAGAAGAAAUGAUAGACCCAUACAAAAAUCUGCCCAGAGCUAUCUACAUCUCCAUACCAAUUGUGACUUUAGUCUAUGUGAUGACCAACGUGGCAUACUUCACAGCCAUGUCACCCAGGGAGAUGUUGGGCUCCUAUGCCACUGCAGUGACAUUUGGUCAGAAUAUUUUCGGAGUGGCAGCUCUAAUCAUUCCAAUCUUUGUGGCUCUGUCUACUUUUGGUGGAGUCAAUGGGCUUUUGUUUACAUCUGGCCGGCUGUGUUUUGUUGGUGCCAGAGAAGGCCAACUUCCUGGCAUCAUGGCCAUGAUCAGUGUCACCAAACAUACUCCUAUGCCAGCCAUUCUGUUCACAGGUGGCUUGUCUCUUGUGAUGUUGAUUUCUGACAACAUUUACUCUCUCAUCAACUACCUCAGUUUUACACAGUGGCUCUCUGUUGGGGCCUCCAUUGUUGGUAUGGUCUACCUGCGCUUUACUAAGCCUGACAUGCCCAGGCCAAUUAAGAUGCCACUAUUCAUUCCAUUCUUCUUCCUAAUUACUGUGCUAUUCCUGCUAAUCGUGCCAUUGAUGGCUGCUCCCUACGACACAGGAAUGGGUGUGCUGAUAGUGUGUUCUGGGAUACCUGUCUACCUCAUUGGCGUUGUCUGGAAAAGCAAACCAAGAGCUUUCCAACGUUUCAUGGAAAAUGUGACAGUAUUAGGACAAAAAGCGAUGGGUGUUGCAUCCACAAGUUAGUACUUGGCCUUGGCACAUAGUGUGUAGCUUUUAAUCAAUGCUGGGUUUCAGUUGUUGUAUUGCUGCUGUUUCAACUGUUAUAACUGUAGCCUGUGAGUAAAUGGAGUCACUUGUAGAGUCAUCUUUACAUUAGUUACAAUUAUGUAUAAAAGGGAAUUACUUUUUUUUGAUGACCUGGGUUUAUAAAUGAACAGAUCCGGUGUUUAUUAGAGAUGUUGGGAGUAUAUCAAGAUGAUUUGAGGUUUGGGUUUUGUUGAACUAGUCAUGAGUUUAAAAACCAAGUUUAUAAACAAAGUUUUGUCACUGCUGCAGGCAUGAGUGUAUGGCAGAAUGAACAAUACAGUGCAAAGUGAAAUAGCCAAGAAUGCAAGUGUGUUAUGUUUUUGUUUUAGUUAUAAAUAGAUUCAUCCCAAUUUGAAAUGCAAUCAUAGUUUUAUAAUUGGACUUUGCACAAACAUUUUUUGUGAGUUAAAGUCAGUGGUUUCAAGUUUUGAUAUUUUGAUCACCUUGUUAUUUUUUAUUUCAAGAUAUUUGUGUGUGUGUAUGUAAAGGAUAAUAUUUUGUACCAACAUUUGAGCAACACUUGGUUCUGUUUCAUUGCUUGAUAUUUUCUUUCUAUUUCUGAAAAAGCUGUGAGGACGGAGGCGUCUAUGUUUUCAUUUGAUCUCCAUUUUUUAUUUGGCUACAUCCUUUGUUUGUCAUUUAUGAUCUUUUCAAGUGCUUGUCAACAAGUUUUGAUUCUGUGAGUUCCUUUUUAGAGGGAAAUGUUGGUCAAAUGUUAUUCUUAUAAGAGCCAAUCUAUGACUCAAAUGUUUUAAGUAUUAGUGACAUUGUAUAAACAAAGCAUAAGAUUUUUAUUGGACUAGAAGCAAAAAAAAAAAAAAAGAUAAAGAGAAAUAUUGAAAGUUUGAUCACUUUCAUUUGAAUGACAUACUUUUUAACAUGACUAGCAUAAAGUUUCAAAGUUGAGCAAGUAAUGGCUGACAAUGUGUAAAAAGUUUGAUAUUAAAACUCAAGAAACAAUUUAUUUCAUUGGAACUCUCCUGUUUACUUUUACACCAAUUUAUUUUGAAUCUAUUUAUAGUCAUUAGCUCAUCUAUACAUUUAUGGAAGGCUGCGCAUAACACAAUACAUGAAAGGAAUGUUUCACUUUUUGUUGUAUCUGUUCUGGGUUGUUCUUGUUCUAUGUUGUUUUUGUUCUGGGUUGUUUUGUUCAGGGUUGUAUCUGAAAUGUUUUGAUACAUUUGGUCUGUGAACUCAUCAAAUAUGUAUUUUUAAGCUAAUUUGUGGCAUUAAAUAAUUUAUUUCACUAAAACAUUACUAGAAGAGAAUAUAUUAUUAAGAAUGUAUUUAUUGUAUAUGUAAGAACAGCCAUUGAUAUUUGGAUCUUUUGAAAAUGCCAAACUAUAAGCUCUAUUUCAUAAACAAAUGUUUGCCAGAAGGUGAAUUUGUUUUGUUGCCAUAGAAACACCAGUGCAUCAUUAGACUUGAUUUGUUCAAUGUUUGCCUUGUUCAUGUUUAAGUUGAACUUAGUCACAACUACUUUGCCCUUGGAAAGCUCUGGUGCAAGUGUUCUCCUGUUUCCAUGUGGUGUAUGAGAAUGUAAUGUGGCCAGCACAACUACUCCUUCUCAGGGGCGUAGCUACGAAUUUUCCAUCGUUUGGGGGCCCGGGGGCUUGACCCCUUUGGGGCCCAUGCAUUUUGUGAAUAUGUAAUUUUUAAUGUAAAAAACACAUAUAUUUAGGGGCCCUCUCAAGUGGGGGCCCAGGGGGAUUUUCAAAUUCUCCCCCCUCCUCCCCCCACCCUAGCUACGCCACUGCUCCUUCUACAGUAGAUAACUGUUUCAUGGGCUGAUUGAAGACAUACUGUUAUAUGUUUUGGUAGAAAACAUAACUUAUAAGUAGUAAUGAUUUUUUUUUUUAAAUGUUGUCUGUAAUUCAUCUUUAAAAAAUGAUGCUUGUUAAUUUCUGUUACAAAGAUGUUUUUUAAAGCUGUCUUCUCUCAGCAAAGAUCUGAAUCUCUGGACUUCAAGAUGACGUUGCCAUUAGGAAGACUUAAUUCAAUGAAUCACUUUUGGCAAUGUUUUUUUUAUAACACUGGCUCAUAUUUUUGUUUCUCUGUUUAGACUAUUAUAUGACUUUUUUCAAAAUUUUGAGAACCUAUUUUUACCCACUAUUAGCUGUAUUUAAAAAUACUCAAAUAAUAAUAUAUGAAAUAAAUAUUGUUUACUUAUACCCUUUUGAAAUUGAAGUGGCUGACCUCCCCUAGCAAAAGGUUUUGGUUAUAAAACAUUUUUUAUACUCUUUUUAUUGUUAAAGAACAUUUGCAAGCUUGAAAUCAUGAACUAUGAACUAAUGUCAUCCUAAAAUUCAGUUGUUGUAGGAAGAACACAAAAUGCCCUAUUGGCUCACUAGGAGUUUCUCAAAAUCAAAACUCGUAUUCUCUCCAUAGUGUGCACCCCAUGUUGUUUGUUUCAACAUUGAAUCUCUGCUGAGAAUUGUUAGUACAUGACAUUUGACAAAGUCUGCAUUGCAAGUAUAUGACAUUUGACAAAGUCUGCAUUGCAAGUAUAUGACAUUUGACAAAGUCUGCAUUGCAAGUAUAUGACAUUUGACAAAGUCUGCAUUGCAAGUAUAUGCCAUUUGACAAAGUCUGCAUUGCAAGUACAUGACAUUUGACAAAGUCUGCAUUGCAAGUAUAUGACAUUGACAAAGUUGGCAUUGCAAGUAUAUGACAUUUGACAAAAUCUGCAUUGCAAGUAUAUGACAUUUGACAAAAUCUGCAUUGCAAGUAUAUGACAUUUGACAAAAUCUGCAUUGCAAGUAUAUGACAUUUGACAAAAUCUGCAUUGCAAGUAUAUGACAUUUGACAAAAUCUGCAUUGCUCAGUUUUAGUUUCUUUUAUUGUUCCAUUUUUUUUAUAGAUCAGUGAGAAAAUCUUUUAACAUUUUUGACAAAAACGAACCAAACAUGUAUUGUUCUUUAGCAAUUGUCUGACCAGGGGCAUUAUGGUGUCAUAUGUGAUGAUAUAUUAUGCAUAGGUUAAUUACCUCAAAUUAUCUUAUACUAUUCUCAUUUGAAAAUUUUUUAAUUUAUAAUUAGUCUUAAGGGUUGUUAUUUAUUCUUAUUCUGAUUUUUAAAAAAAACAAACAAUAUUAUGUAAUUAAUAAUACAAAAAGUUUGUAUCUGAUUUUAAAAUUGAUUCCAAUUAUAAAGUUGCUGUUUUCCUGGUUAAGUUUUUUUUGUGUCUUUAUUUUUGACCAUAUAUGUAAUUAUUGUUGGAAUAGGCUUCAUUUAAUUAGUUGUAUUUUAAAAGAAUUCAUUUUUGAAUUGCCUUAUUCUACAAUCAUUGUUCAAUUUUUGCCCUAAUGACAUCUGUUUCAAUUUUUGUGUCAGUUCUAUGAUUCAAAUCUUUCAUGACUUUCAGAUGAGUGUCAUAGUUACUUGACAUUCUAUGACCAAACUCAGGUUUAUAACGUUGGCAACAUGACAGAUACAUAAAUAUAGAUAACUUGUUUGACCAAAAUAAAUGGGAACAUAAUUUGAUCACAGCAUGGGUAUAUUUAUUAUUCAAAGUUACACAAACAGAUUGAACCAGUCUAGGAAUUAAUCAAGUCUGGAAAGUUUAUGAUGUAUGUUAUUCAAGGAUAUUUGUGUUUUUGAUGAUUUCAUUAUUGGAGUUGUACGUUAGGUGAAAACUGAUUGACUCUAUAAAGUAUUCUGAAAAUAUGUUAGCAAUAUUAGGGAAUGUUGAAUACUAUGAUCUAGGAUGAAGUUUAUGAAAACCAAACUGUCUGCCUUGUGUACUACAUCAUAGAACUACUGCUCAACUAUCAAUCUAGUUAUGGAUGCAUCUGUCUAGGAACAUGUCAAGUUUGAGAACAUGUCAUGUGUUGAUGAGCGCAGAUGUGUGGAAUGUGUGCGUAUGUAGCAAGCUAUUCAUCAUUCCAGCCAUAAAUAUUCUUGUCAAUUCUGAACUCAUCAUGUGUACAAUGAAAACAUGAAUGCCCUUUGACCUCUCACACCAUUGGUUGUCUUUUAUCUGAUUCUGUGUUCACUCUUUCAAUGAAUAUUGAAAGGAAAAAAAAAAAUUGUCUUUUUUUUCCUGAGAGAUAAAAAGUUAUCCUGGUGUCUUGCUGUACUGUCUUCAUAUAUAUAUAUAUAUAUAUAUAUAUAAUAGCAUAUAUUUCUGUAUACCUAUUUAUUAACUUAAUAUUUGUCGUCUUUUUAUUUUUACCCUUUGAUCAAAUUCUCAGAAAAUGUGUUCAGAUGUAAUGAAUAAAUAAACCAAAUGAGUUUUAUGUUAUUAGUGUCUACAAUAGCAAGUAGGGCAUAAUUAUUUUCUUUUUUGAAGUAACUAAUUAUCUUCUUUUUUGAAGUAACUAAUUAUCUUCUUUUUUUGAAGUAACGUCUGUAAUGUAUAAGAUAAGAAAGUAACACCAUAAUUUGUGAUGAAUUUAGCAGUCAAUGGAUUUGGCUGAGUUCCAUUGAGGCAAUUGUUGUUGACAUUGAAAGUUUAACACAACUUUAAAGUAGUUAACAUUCAGUCUUUGCAAUGUACAUCUUUCUAUAGUCUAUGGUUUACUAAACUUCAAAGUAGUUAACAUUCAGUCUUGCAAUGUACAUCUUUCUAUAGUCCUAUGGUUUACCUAGGGAUAAAAUUGCAGGGUACAUUAAAAACAAGUAGACACCUGUAGAGGUCACUAGUAGUUCUAGUCUUGGUUGACUGCAUGAAAGGUCUGGGAUUUGUCCAUACACAUGAACUUAAAAUAUUUGUAAUGACUUUGUCUCUUUCACGACCCAAAUUUAAUUGUCUUAUAAUACUGGUAGUUCAUUGGUACAAUUUAGGUCACCUACGUACAGAUAAUAACAAAAUAUUGAUGUUUCCUUUAAAAACAUUGUUUAGAUGUAUAAAAUAAAUCUUGACUUUCUUUAUAGUUUCAUUUUCAUUACUGAACCCAUCAUAGUCAAGCACAUUGAUGUAUAAAUACCUUUAUUUCUUUUCUGGCAAUUUGCAUCUGAAAAAUAUUUUCAUUUCAGUUCAUCUCUUUCACAUUAAAUUAUGUGGGUGAUCUUUCGAUACACAUUUCCAGUUUCCACUUUACUUAUCAAUUAGUUUCUUAUCAAAACUUAGCUUCAACUGAGAAAUAAUCUCUCACUUAUGGUUGUAUUUUUAAUCAUCAGGAUUAUUGCAGUUGUAUCUAGUUCUCCAACACCCUGUUGUUGUUUUUUUGGCCAGCAGUCAGUAACAAAAUUGAGAGCACACAGCCACCAUGUCUUGUUUUGAAAGUAGCCAAACAUCUUAUAAACUUUUUGAAUAUCUUGCUAAGACUUGUUUGUAUCCUAGGGUCAAACAUACAUACUUUCAGCUGAUGAUUCCACAUGUGUAUUGUAGUUACCCAAGUCUUGAGCUCAGAAAUCCACAUAAAUGUUUUAUUUACUGUUUUUUUCAUUCUCAACUCCACAAAUAUUGUGUGUAACUAAUGUAAGCUUAUGUUAGCUGGUUAUUUCAGUGUACACACACACAAAAAGGAUGUAAAAAAAGAAAAAAAAUGUAACAUGAAUGAUAUCAGGAGGAAUGUUUGUCUGUUUCUGCAUUGAAUCUUUUGGUUUUGUCCACUCUUAUUUGUGGUGACUAGUGAUAUUAACGAUGGUUGCAGGGUUAUUUUAUGUCAUUCAAGUCACAACAAGCUAUUGAAAAAAUAAACCAGUCUACAGACAAAAAAAUAAGAAUUUGUGUGGACAUUAUGUAAUUUGUAUCUGAACCUGACACAUAUAUUUGCAGAGAGAGAGAGAGAGAGAGUCUGUGAAUGAAUAUAAAAUUUGGAUUAGCUAUUAUGUGUUGAAGUAAUUUUAUUUAAACUUUAUAUUUAAACUUUACUUUUGAAGAGUGCCAUUGCUUGUGUUUAGUUUAUUUUCAAUUAGCGCUUGAAACUGGGAUCAAAAUAUAUUUUUUUUGUUUUUAAACUUAAAUAUUUUUGUUUCCUAAAACAAUUUUCUAGUUUUGUUUUCCAUACCAGUUUGCUGUGGAUUAGUUAUGCACACAUGUAUGUACAUGUCUGCAUUGAGUUAACAUACAAAAUCUCAACUAUUUAAAAAAGGUUUUGAAAACAUGCAUAGAAACUGAGAUGGACUUAGAAAAUACAGCAGUGUUAAAUUCAUGUAUUUACAUGUUACAAUAAUACUUCUUGUGUUGAAUUUAAAAAAAAAAUUCUAGACUUUGUUUUUCUUGAUGUAUUUAGUUUCUUGGUUUGAAUUUGGUUUAAAAUACAAACUUUUCACUUAAAAUUA